AACUGUAAACACCGACCGUGCUCUUCGGUUUAGCUUCUGACUUGAUUUAUGAUUGAUUAGUUAGCUGGUUGCACCUCAGAUUGUAGCUAAAAAUCCACAAAAAUGUUCCGUUAGAGCAUGCAAAUUGAAACGCAAAAUGCGAUGCUAUCUUCAAGCAUUUCUCCUGUGCAUGGUCUUCAUUUUCUUUUCACUGGUGUAUGUGUUCAACCAGCUAGCCUCCACCUUGGAGGACAGAGAUGGCUGGGGCCUAAAAGAGCAGGGGAUACCCGGCGGGCGCAGUCAUGACGACGGCCACCUUCUCAGGAAAAGGCCAGGACUAGCAGGCCGAGACCAUGAAGAAGGGCAUGACAGGUGUAAAUCAUUGUCAGUUUCUUACUGGAAUCCAUAUUGGAGACUGCCUGCUGAUGUGUGUGGAGUGAACUGCUUAUUGGAAUCAUCUCUUAGAGAGAGGUCCAGCUCUCCAGGAAAGCAUCAUGGUGAUGAGAGAAGUCACGUGGCUGUGGUGGCCUGUGGCACCAGGUUAGAGGAGACCCUCACCAUGUUGAAGUCUGCUGUUCUCUUAAGCAAAAAGCCUCUGCACUUUUACAUCUUUGCUGAGGAUGAUCUACAUGAGCCCUUCAAAAAUGCUCUGGACUCCUGGCCCAGGACAGCUCAGACUAAGUUUAACUUCACCAUCUACCCUAUCACUUUUCCUGAGAAGAAUGCAAAGGAGUGGAAGAAGCUCUUCAAACCUUGUGCCUCUCAGAGACUCUUCCUGCCUCUGAUCCUGAAGGAGGUGGAUUCUUUGCUCUAUGUGGACACGGAUAUCAUUUUUUUGCAGCCAGUAGAGGAUAUCUGGGCUCUUCUUUCUCAGUUUGAUUCCAGUCACUUAGCUGCCAUGGCUCCGGAGCACGAGGAGCCACGCAUCGGCUGGUACAACCGUUUUGCCCGACAUCCUUACUAUGGCAAGACGGGCAUCAACUCAGGAGUCAUGCUCAUGAACAUGACUCGCCUCAGGGAGAAAUCUUUUAAGAAUGACAUGACAACAGUUCCACUGAAGUGGGAGGAAAUUCUGAUGCCCCUUCUCCAGAAGUAUAAACUCAAUAUCACUUGGGGUGACCAGGAUCUUCUUAACAUCAUCUUUCACCAUAACCCAGAAAGCCUCUAUGUGUUCCCCUGCCAGUGGAACUACCGUCCAGACCACUGUAUCUAUGGCAGCAACUGUCAACAGGCUGAUCAAGAAGGUGUCUUCAUUCUCCAUGGUAACAGGGGAGUUUACCAUAAUGAUAAGCAGCCUGCAUUUCGAGCCAUCUAUGAGGCCAUCCAAAAGUACCCAUUUGGUGAGAACAUGGAGACCUCACUGCUUCAGCCGCUGGAAGCCUCACUUCGGACCACCACAAACUCGUACUGUGGAAGAGCCAGUCACCUGUUUACAAAGAAGUUAAAACAGAGCAUCCUGUCUGUUCAACAAGAAGUCACGCAGAGAAGAUGAACAGGACAUCACUCCAAUAUCAUUGAUAUCCUCAUCAGUGUCUCUGGAAGUAGAGGCUUGGAUGUAAGACACUCCUGUGGAGACAUUGAGCUGGAUGACAAACAGACUCAGGUCAACACUGAACCAUCAUGCAUUGCUUUUACAAACUGCACAUCAAGACUGGAAAUGGGUUAGGGUAUUCUGUGGUACAGGUUAUAUUUAUUUUAUUCUUAAAUGAAGCCAAUGACGGUACAUAUCUGUCCAAUUACAAAUGCUUUCCUGCCUUGGUGGAAAAUGCACUGACACUUUGGAGAAAGAACCAACAAUCAUUUUGUACAAUUGUGUUAUAUCUUUGGGGAGAUUGCAGCAGGUACUUUUAGUUUGAGUAUUUUAUCAGAGUUGUUUUAAUAUAAGUGCACAUACAGCCUUUUGUCACUGCAGUAUAUCAUGGAUAAGGGUUGUUGUCGUUUUUGAAGGUACUUGUUAGUUACACCUGAGUCUUCCUUUUUCUUUUUUAACAAAACAAAUACAUGAAAUACAUGUAUACAGAUUAUAUUCAGUAUUUAUUAGUGUUGGACAUCUGUGACAGGAAGCACUUUGGAUGUUUAAAACCUUUACAUGAGGCUAUCAUUUAAGAUACUCUGGUAUGAAAGAUUGUACAAUUAUUAUACUGUACAUUGUAUUAGCCAUUAAGUCGCUUUGUUUUACUUUACCUAUGUGAACAUGUUUUACUAUGACAGGUACAAUGACAUAGCGAGCAGUUUGUUUUCAAUCAAGCCAGCGGGUCACAGACUAGCUAAUAAUUGCACUAUUAGAAAAUUGAGGAUUGUAUCAACACAAAAUAAUAUGUGAAUUUAACAUAUUACCGAAAAGCCAGCAUUGAUAUUCAAGUGUAUAUAAAAUGAAUGGGGAAUAAAUAUUUUAUUAUAAAGUAU